AUGGAUAAAGUUUUUGGGGUCUUUGAUAAAACAUACGACUCUAAUGAUAUGUAUCAACAAAUAGCACGAUCAAUUGGUACAAAUGAUGGUAUACUUAAAAAAAUAUAUAACAAUGACAAAGCAGCAUUUGAUAAAAAUUUAAUAGAUAAAUUAAUAUUGCUCUGUCAAAAAAAAGAAUACGGUAUAAAUGAUUUACUCGAACUAGAAGAUAUCGUAAAAUUGUCCAUAUUCUCAGAAUACAUUGAAGAAAAAAAUAUCGAACGUUUGAGUAUAUUGGAAAAAUAUUUAGACGCUUAUCUAUCUGCGAUUUGUAAAAGUAAAAAUUUAAACUUUUUUAUGAUGCGCAAUAAAUUGCUACCAUUAUUACGUGUAAAAACAAAACCACCGGUUGGUGAGUUGGAUAUACUAUCAAAGGGUAAAGUUAUUAUGAAGUAUCCGGAAUUAGUUAACAAUCGUAAAAUUAAUAACAACGUUGAUAUUGCUCACAUGAUACGCGCACAGCAAUUACACGUACGUAAUUCUCCGUGUGAAGAAGUAACUUACGUUGAUUCUAAUAAUUCAUUUGGUGACAAACAAAUCGUGUUAACUGGGCCUAUUUUUACAACUGUUGCUACGGGUAUGAUUAAUUUACAAAAUAUUAUGUUAAGAAAUGAUAAUGAUAUGGGAAUUACUGUCAAGCCAUUUUUGGAAGUCAAUACCGUUAAUUGGGAUGUUUGA